GCCAUGUCGCUAAAGAUCUUUCAUUCAGUACACAUGUAACCUUAGUGCGGAGAAGAUGAUAUUGUUUAUUUUAAUCUUGCUUUCUUCCACUCAGCUUGGAAUAUGUGUCAAUCCUUAUGUUAUUCCCAACAUUCGAGUUAACUGGCACAAGGCGCACGAAUUUUGCAAAUACAAUGGCAUGGAGUUGGCCUCGGUUACGGAUUGGGCCACGCACAAAAAGCUCACCGAAUUUGUCGCCCAGGAACUUAAUUGUUCAACAUGGUGUGCGGUGUGGAUAGGUGCCAACGAUUUAGGAGAUGAAGGAUCGUUCACGUGGGUCGGAACCGGUCGAAGGGUUGUAUUUGACAACUGGAAGCCAAACCAGCCCAGCAACAGCAAUGGAGACCAAGAGGAACACUGUGUUGAAAUUCUUUAUCACCCGCGGGGCGGAUUCAAUUGGCAGUGGAAUGACGGUGUGUGCAAACAUGAGAAAUAUUUUGUUUGCGAAAAAGUUUAUAACUGUGAAAUACAAGAGUUCUAAUAAAAUCGUGAAAUCACAAACCUUUUAAACCGACAACAAAGUUGAUAAUUCAAUAUUAUUUGUUCAGAUAGCUUUAAACAAUAAUAAGUCACUUUAAAACUAUAGGAAAUAUUCCAUUUAUAUUAGUUUUCGCUCUAGAGAUAAGAGGUUGGACAGCAUUAAUAUUAGAAUGUAAAUGUACACAAGAAAUGAAAAAAAUAAG